AUGCUGCUUAUUUUGCUGCUUUAUUAUGUGAAUGGGGUCGGUGCUUGCAUUCCAACGCAGGAAGUUGAACCAAUAGAUGAAGCUUUGACGACAACAACGACAAUUGCUGCAAGGAUGAACUAUAAUAAUUAUUCGUUAUGAAUAAGUUGUAGCAACCACCACUACAACAACUACAACAACUACAACAACUACAGCACCGCCUACUUGUUCAACAUGCGCCCCAGUCUACAAUACCGGUUGCUACGGCUACAAUAUUCCAACCCCGGCGAUGUGGUGUGCCAUUGGAGAUCAACAUUCACAUGCCCAACGGGAUCAUUAUCCUAUUUUGAUACUGGUUCAGGAUAUGGUGAUAUGAUGGGAGACGGUGGAGGUAUGGCUCCUGUAACAAUAACAUGUGACGAAACCAUUGGAACCUGGUCUGUCAGUAUUUCUUAUUCCGCAACGGAUUUUAUUCUUGUUACUUGUAGAAAUAUGUAGUU